CAACAGAGCGGGAAUGAAUGGGAAGUUGAGGGAAGACCUCAAGAACCACGACCCUGCUCUUCUCAAAUGCGAAUAUGAAACAAAGAAGGCUGAGCUGGGGAAGACAAAAGCUGACAUUAACAUGAUGAUCCAGGACAGACAGACAAAGAUCUUGGAAAUCAAACGCUCAGCAGAGCUCAGCCAGAAAUCUGCCGACAGACAGAUCAAAGACAGCGAGCUGAUCUUUAGUGUGUUGAUGGAGACUGUCGAGAAAAGUCUGAAGAACCUUGUUGAAGCUAUUGAAGAAAAACAGAAAGCAACACAGAAAGAGGCUGAAGGAUUCAUCCAAGAGCUAGAGCAGGAAAUUUCUGAGCUGACAGAGAGAAGCACUGUCGUGGAGCAGCUUUCACAUGCAGACAACCACCUCAACUUCCUCCAAUGCUUCAAGUCCCUGAAAGCAGCUUUACCCACCAAAAACUGGACAGAGGUCAGUAUCCCACCGCCAUCAUAUGGACAAAGUGUGGGGACCACCGUGAAACAGCUGAAGGAAAGCCUCAGCAAAGAGAUGGAGAAACUGGUUGCUAAAGCCAAGCUGAACCGGGUCCAGCAGUUUGCAGUGGACGUGACUUUAGAUCCUAAAACAGCAAAUCCGUAUCUCAUUUUGUCUGAUGAUGGGAAACAAGUGUUCUAUGGUGGCAAAAAGCAAGAUCUCACUGAUGGCCCAGAAAGAUUUAAUCCUGCCAUAAAUGUCCUUGGAAAGCAGAGUUUCUCUUCAGGAAGAUUCUACUAUGAGGUCCAGGUUGAAGGGAAGAGUUCCUGGGAUUUAGGAGUGGUCAAAGAGUCGAUCAACAGGAAGGGCAAGAUCAAAGCCGAGCCCGAGAGUGGCUACUGGACUAUCUGUUUAAGGAACGGAGAUAAGUACAAAGCCUUUGCUGCGUACCUCAGUGUGAAACAGCCACCAAAGAAGGUGGGUGUGUUUGUGGAUUUUAAGAACAGCUCAGUCAGUUUCUUUGACGUAGAUUCAACGGACCGUAUCCACCACUUUGCUGACUGCUCCUUCACCGAGAAACUCUACCCAUUCUUUAGUCCGGGGCUUCAAAAUGGUGCAAACUUCGCCCCUCUGAUCAUCUCUCCUGUCAGCUAUCCUGGCUAGAUGUGAUCCAGUCAAAAUGAUUUCUGCCAUUCAUACAAACCUCAUUAGUUUCUCUCAAACUCCACAACACAUUCCUUGAUUGAGACUGGUCAUGUUUCAAAAAACAUUUUUCAGAUUUUUCUGAAGUACUGUUAGCACUGGCCAAUACUGCAAGGCCUCACCACUACUGCUGGGAUUUGUUCCAGUGUGUUAAUUUGUGAACGGGGUGUGUAUCGUCCUGUGUUUUGAACAGACAUACCUCCCAU